CACACCUGCCAAUCUCCAGGUGAGACCAUUGGCCGUGGAACCAGAGUCAUUCUUCACCUGAAAGAAGAUCAGACAGAGUACAUCGAGGAGAAGAGAGUUAAGGAAGUGGUCAAGAAACACUCCCAGUUCAUCGGAUACCCAAUCACUCUCUUCGUGGAGAAGGAACGCGACAAGGAGAUCAGUGACGACGAGGCAGAGGAGGAGAAGCCUGAGAAAGAGGAGGGGGAGGAGGAAGGCGAAGACAAACCCAAGAUUGAGGACGUCGGCUCAGAUGAUGAAGAGGACUCCAAAGACAAGGACAAGAAGAAAACCAAGAAGAUCAAGGAGAAGUACAUCGACCAGGAGGAGCUG